AAGCCGCGUUUGGUUCAAGGCAAGUUUAGAAUUCAGCUGGUUUUAGCUUCAUAACUUUAUCGAGGCUCGACAGGUUCGGCAACGACAACUCUCUAUAUUCCUCGAGCCCGGUUAUUUUCUCUUCCCCCAACCCGUUUGUACACGUUUAAGAAUUAUAUCCAUCAUGGCCGAAUCAGAGAUCGCGCCUAAGUUUGCCCCCUUCUUCGGCAUGGCCGGUAUUGCGUCCGCCAUGAUCUUCGGAUGCAUUGGGGCAGCAUACGGAACAGCAAAGUCGGGAAUCGGUAUCGCAGGCGUGGGUACCUUCAGGCCAGAUUUGAUCAUGAAGUGUCUGAUUCCCGUUGUCAUGUCCGGAAUUAUCGCAGUUUAUUCGCUUGUCAUCGCCGUCCUAAUCGCCGGAGACAUGGACCCACCGUCACGACAGAGCUACAGCUUAUUUACGGGCUUCAUGCAUCUAGGAUGUGGACUCUCGGUCGGAUUCACGGGCCUGGCUGCUGGAUACUGCAUCGGGAUUGUUGGUGACAAGGGGGUCCGCGCGUACAUGGAGCAGUCGAGAAUAUUUGUUGGCAUGGUUCUGAUCCUCAUUUUCGGUGAGGUUCUGGGACUCUAUGGUCUCAUCGUGGCCCUUAUUCUCAACACCAAGAGCAAGGGCUAAGUUAUUCGAACUCGAGCGAUACCAUAUUUCAUGAUGGUCACCAAGUGUUCACAUAAAGCAUCAACAAACAGUCUGUAAGGACAAUGUGUGUAAUCAGUAGCUACAUGGUCAAUGGCGUUUUACGGGUAUGUAAAACUAAGGGUAACCGUUAGAAUCGUUGACGGCUGGCAGGUCAAUAUUUGGUCAGGUGUACGACU